AGAAGAAGAGGGAAAGCGAGAAAACAAAACAGUGUGGUUGUCCUCAGAGGAGGUUAGUGAUGUGAGAGAACUUGACCGAACAGAUGCUGGAAGAUUAUCCGAAUAUGUUCGGCGGCUGAUUUAAUUAUGUUUACGCAAUGCUGUGUUUAGCUGAUUAAAUAAAACACGAUGCCGCGAUAAUUAGAGAGCAUUUACAGAAAUGUAAAGUGCACAAUGGGCCAGCUCGUGUCGUCAGAAGAAGAGCUUGCUGAAGUGAAGAAGGCGGUUGGCCAUGUCAUCUAUGACGCCAUGUUGGAAGGGGGAGCGGUCCCCGACCUCACAGUGGCGCACCCUCUGCUCUUAGCCAAUCACAACGAGGGGUCUGUCUCCCAGACCUCCCUCCAGGAACACCUGCAACAGAUUCAGAGGGACCUUGGCAAACGGGCACCCACCUACCUGAAGGAUCUGAUUGGCCGACUGGCGGCCUUCUCGGAUGAGCCCCGCCUGGCCGGCCUGGUGGGUUUAGUGGUCACUAUGGUGAUGGACGUGGCCUACACAUCAUCAAAGCCGUCCCCAGGGGGGAAAGGGAGACCGGCGGGUUCGUCGUCAUGUCAGCAGAGAGUUUGGGAGCUGCAGGAGGUGAUGGAGGAGUACCUGAAGCGCUGUAGGAUCAGCCUGAGCGACAAAACAAGGUUGAUAGAGGACUCUGUCCGGCUGGAGGCCCAGCUAAGCCUCAUCAUCACUCAGCUGAAGACCUGUCUGCUCGGGGGGGACUGCGACUCCAGGUCUUUCAGACACUGGGCCUGCGGAGCUGCAUUUCACACCCAAAUGCUGGUUCACCUCGCUCGUUUUGAGGACAAGCCCGAGCCUUUAUCCGCAAGGGCGGCACUGAAUCAAUACACAGAAGAUCUCAGGCAGAUCAGGGCUGCCUACAGGUGUUAUAAAUCCACUACGGUCUGCGUUCUGAAAUGCCGAGGAGGUCUCCUGGCAAAAUCUGACCCGUCCCAAGACGUGCCAGAGGAGGGCGCCGUGACAGGGCUCACUGUGACCGACAGAGAGACCGGAAAGAGCGUGACCAUCCCACUGUGUGUCCUGGAGGCAGAGAUAGGUCGAAGAAAGCACAUUUCUGGGCCAAGCUUGUCCUCCCAAGUUAACCUCGACCUCAUCACCUCAGACGACUACGCUCAGGCGUACCUGGACCACCUCUUCUCCGAUAAAGGACCUGUGGCAGAGCUGGAGAACUACUUUAUCGACGCUAGUGAGAGAUUAGCAGUGUACAGAACUGACCAGCAGAGAAAAGACAAGAUGGGGGUGAGAAAAGCUGUGCAAAAUGAAGAUGGCCACUUUUCACACAAGGCAGAGGGAGCAUCCGAGCAACAGAGAGUGGGCACAGCAGGAAUGAAAACACAAGAAGAGCCCAAGAGGAGCAGCGAACAAGAUGUAAGUUUAAAACUGAGUAUCGUGGAAACGGAGCCGGAAGAAAGCCUCCCUCACACGCAUCUGGAUCCAGAAAGCACCGACGGCUCAGGAAGUCAGUCCUCUGCUGGAGGGAAAUGAAAAGAAGCAUUCAAACAGUUGAAAACACGACUCUUGUUGUUUGUAAUUCACUCAGAAAUAAGAUUUCUAUUGAUUUGUUAGCAGAACAGAAAACCUGAACUGCAACCACUGAGGCUACAAAAAAAAAAA